AUGGCGUCACGUUGGACUCAUUCUUGUGACGAUGAUCUCGAGCGACAACAAACAAGAUCGUCGUUCUGUGAGAAUGACUGUCCCGAAUGGAGAGGCUUGGACCCCAGAGAAGAAGAGUCCUUCUCAUGGCCGAGACCCAAAACGGUGCUCUUACGUCGCACUUCUCAAGGAUUUGGCUUCACCCUGCGACAUUUCAUUGUGUACCCGCCAGAGUCGUCUAUGCAUUACUUCCUGGGGGAAGAUGUUGGGCACAGAGGGAGACCACGGAAUAGGCUGGAACCAAUGGACACUAUUUUCGUGAAGCAAGUCAAGGAAGGUGGCCCUGCACAUGGAGCUGGCCUCUGUACAGGUGAUCGUAUUGUAAAGGUGAAUGGUGCAAGUAUCAUUGGGAAAGCAUAUUGUGAGGUUAUAUCUUUGAUCCAAGACAGUGGAGAAUUUCUGGAACUUUGUGUAAUGCCAAAAGAUGAGGACAUAUUACAACUGGCCUACUCGCAGGAUGCCUACCUCCGUGGCCACAGCAGCUACAGUGGAAAUGCCUGUCACAUUCCUGAGCCGCCCCCUGCAUGCUACCCCAGAGUAGACUGUAAGCCUACGGGCAUGGCCCAGGCUACAGACUCUGUGGGCUUGGGCAUCAGGGGCUCAAUGGCAGCUCCUGACCAUGGGUACCGCAAGGAGAUCACUGUGCCCCCAUCCCUUCCACCUAAAUCAUAUCCAAAAAGUCAGAUGGCGGUGUGCGUGCGUAACGACAGCGUGAGGACAGUAGUGAUUCCCCCUGAGCAUAUGGGGCGUGGUAUGGGUCCAGCACACAGAAUAGAUUACGUGGACCCAACAUUAAUGAGGGGGAGGCCUGCAUCAUUAGCCCAGUAUCCUCACCCUCGAAAGACUGACGUCUACCCUAGCGGACCAGGACCAACUUCAUAUCGAGGCCCGAUACAUCACUGCCCAGCCGUCCAACCAAAUAUUGAUUGGCGAACUUACCAAACGUAUAGGGAAUACAUUGACAACAAAGGAAUACAUUCUCACAGUAGUCGCACUAUCCAGGACAGGCUUGAUAGCCUGCGAUCUUCCAAUCAAAAUAGUUUUGAAACUCCACAUCACAUUCCCCAGAUGGGCUGGGGCCCAAAGGGGAUACGUCGGAGGAGCACCUCCCAUGAACGUUCUUACCACGGACCACCACUCCACUUCCAAAUUGCCCCACGUAGUGCCUCCCAGGACCGUAUGACCAGUUCCGAGAGAAUCAGCCACGGCAGGAACUGGCCACCAAGAAGUGUGUCUCAAGAUGGCCUUAUCCACAAAGUGCGGUCACACUCCACGGACUAUGUUGACCCAAAAGAGAUUGCUCAGUCUGUUGAGAGGAGAGGUUAUCGAAAGGUGGAUCCUGGUACGAGGCCCAGCAGACAGUCCAUGCCGAGACAGGCUAUGCUAUCCAGGCCUUCUGUUGGAUACAACAGUGGCAAGACUGGGCCACACAAUCCUAUGUACAUGAAAGGACCAGAUUCUCUCCAGACCCACUCCCCAUCUAAUCUCCCUGAACGACAGGCCCAUUUUGCAAAGAGAACAAGUGGUGAUCAAAAAGCUAUAGCUAAAGCCAACCAUAUAGGCCCCACAAGCCAUCAAGGCCACAACAGGGUGAGAGCUGAAAGUGCAAAACCUGUCGAGGUCGAGAGAGAUGUUGCCUCAGUAGGGAAACGAUCCUCAUCAUGCUCUACCCAAAAACAGAUGCCUGAGCGAUCUGGUAUCCUGAAGCCAACCCAUGGAGAGUCUGAAAGCCAGACAACUGGACGUAGCCUUUCUGAGUCCGGGGUCGUGAUGAGGCCUAAACCGCCCACCGGAAAGAACCCCAGCCCCCUCCGCCACCCUUCCUACAUCCUGGCUGUGAAUGAUGAUGAUGGGCAAGAUUCUACCGCAGAGGUAGCAGCUUGUUGGCUUCCCAACGAUGCACGGCGAGAGAUGCAUAUACGUCGCCUUGGAGAACGUCACGCUUCCUGCUCCAGCAAUCUAGACGAGUCGUUGGAUUCUAUUCCGUUCAUUGAUGAGCCUGUAAGCCCCAGCGUUGACAGGGAUGCUGCUCCUAUUCCACCCUCCGCGGUCAUCUCUGUGCCACCUUCAAUAGCUACAGGUCCUUCCAGUCCUGACUCACCGUGUCCUCCCAUUCGUCGACAACUGUCACACGACCAAGAAUCCCUAAGAAGUGCUCUGCUGGAGUCUGAAUCUGCCAGUCAAACUGAACGGUCUAAAUCGUACGAUGAAGGUCUGGACAAUUACCAAGAAGAGGGGAGAGGACGAUCUUCCAGUCGGCAUAUGCCAAGUCUCAGAGGCCUUAAAAAGGCGUUGGAUGGCCAUAAAUCCUCCGGGGACUCGGGAUCUCGGAGAGAUUCUUCUGCAGAUGUUUUUGCUGAUUCUUCUAAGGAAGGGUUGCUCAACUUUAGGCAAUUUUGUACAGACAAAAAUAAGCGUGUUAGUGGGGGGAUGAAGUCAUGGAAGCAGAUGUAUGCAGUUCUUCAAGGUCAUACACUGACCCUUUUCAGGGACAGGAAAGAUGCGCUCUCACAUGUCACCACGCCACCUGACGAGGAGCCUCUACGAAUCAGCAUUAAGGCCUGCCUGAUUGACAUCUCCUAUAGUGACACUCGUCGCAAGAAUGUGCUCCGUCUCACCACCUCAGAUUGCGAGUAUUUGUUCCAGGCUGAAGGGAGAGAAGACAUGUUGACCUGGAUUAGAGUCAUUCAGGAAAACAGUAAUCCAGAUGAAGAGAAUGCUACAGUUACAAGUCAGGAUUUGAUCAGUCGCAAGAUCAAAGAAUACAACCUGAUGAGUGCGCCCAGCAGUAGAUCCGAACCUUCGCCCAAAACUUCCCGCCAGUCUUUGAGCAUCAAACAAGCCUUUUUGGGAGGGAAGACAGACAGUAAAAGCCACAGUCCUCAUUCACCCAAAUCAGAUGAGCGGAGGGCAUUGAGAGAUGAGGCUAGUCCACCUAGGGAUAGAGGCGCAUGGAAAAUUGGCAUUCCAGGGAUUAUUAGAAAGCCAUUUGAAAAGAAGACACCAGCUGGGGUUACGUUCGGCGUGCGGCUGGAUGACUGUCCACCCGCACAGAUCAACAGGUUUGUUCCCCUGAUCGUGGAAGUGUGUUGUACUGUGGUGGAGGACAGAGGCCUGGAGUACACUGGGAUCUACAGAGUUCCUGGAAACAACGCUGCCAUUUCCAACAUGCAGGAGGAACUCAACACGAAAGGCAUUGCUGACAUAGACAUCCAAGAGGAUAAAUGGAGGGAUCUCAAUGUCAUCAGCAGCUUACUCAAGUCUUUUUUCCGAAAAUUACCAGAACCCCUGUUUACAAAUGAGAAGUAUGCUGACUUUAUUGAAGCAAACAGAAUAGAAGACUCUGUUGAGAGACUUAAGGAGCUAAAGAAGCUUAUCCAUGAACUGCCUGAUCACCACUAUGAAACUCUAAAAUUUCUCUGCGCACACCUCAAAAAGGUUUCUGACAACUGUGAGAAAAACAAGAUGGAACCUCGAAACCUGGCAAUUGUGUUUGGGCCAACGCUGGUCCGAACCUCUGAGGACAACAUGACAAAUAUGGUCAAUCACAUGCCAGACCAGUGCAAGAUAGUUGAGAACCUAAUUCAACAAUAUGACUGGUUCUUUACUGAAGAUUGUGAUGAAGAUCCUGUUACCACAGCUGAGCAGGAGAGCACAGUGCAGUCUCAGCCUGUGCCCAACAUCGAUCACCUGCUCUCCAAUAUCGGAAGGACGGCAGCAUCGCCCGGUGAAGUCUCAGAUUCAGCAUGUAGUGACUCCUCCAAAUCAAAGAGCCUCUGGGCGUCCGGGAAGGAUCAGUGUAGCAAAGAGAUGCUACGCUCCUCCUUCUUCGUCAGCCGCAAGCGCAAGAAGCCCAAAGACAAAGCACAGCCCAGCAGUUCAGAUGAUGACCUGGAUGGCUUCCACAGGAAAGAGAACCUGAGAGAGAGGCCACAGCCGCAGGAGCAGCCUCCCUGGUCUUCAGAGAGUCGCACCGAGGAGGAAGAGGAUGGUACCAGCGAAAAAGAACGGCUGAAAAACAGUUCAGAGGAACAGCUCGACAAAGCCGACGUGACUGAAGAGCCUUCCGAACUCACGUCAGCCUCUCAGCGCGCAGGCUCACCGUACGCGUCGUCGUCCCACUCGCCAAGCUUCAACUGCAAUGCGGCUGUGGCACAUCAGUCCUCACUGUCGGAUCCGCCCUCCAACUGUGACGACACAGUGUCCGACCUGGGUACAAUGAACAGCACCAGCUCCCGGGCCUCUGCGCCGAAAACCAGGCGCUGCAGGACAACAGCGCCGGGACAUGACGGCGGCGCCAGCGGGCCAGGAGCAGAAGUGUGCUCCAUUACUUCAGACUACUCCACCACAUCCUCCAUGACCUUCAUGACGGGCGGCGAGGUCAACACGCUGAGUCCAGAAGUGUGCUCUGUGACGGAGAGCAGAGGAGAUGACGACGCUGACGACGAGCGGAGUGAGCUCUUCAGCGAGGGCAGGCCGGUGGAGACUGACAGCGAGAGCGACAUUUCAGUCUUCACCGUGGCAAGAGAUGCGACAACAGGCGAGCGUCGAGAUCCACAGGGGCCUCCCCGACCUUUGGCCUCCCACAGGCUCAUUGAGUGUGAUACACUCUCUAGAAAGAAAGCCGCUAGGCAGAAGACAGACAGCGAGUCCUCGCUGGACGCCUCCCGCAGCGACAAAGAUUCCAACAGACUAUCGCAGCUUUCGGUCAAAGGUCGCUCCACCGGCAGCCUAAGCUCGUCAUCCCGCGGCGAGCUGGAUAAGGCGGAGCCAACGUGGAAGUUGAAGAUCACGGACCGGCUGAAAGUGCGUCUGCGUGUGUCUGUGGAUGACAUGUUUGGCGUGGGAAGCCAUCGGAGUGCCGAAGGACGCAGUAAGAAGAAGAAUAUCCGUCGCAGACAUACUAUGGGCGGGCAGCGGGACUUUGCCGAGCUGUCGGUUCUGGGCGACUGGCCGCAGCAAUCCCUCUGCUCGGGCUCCCGCUCCGAGCUGUCGGCCGUGGACCGCCUGCGACCCAAAUGCAGCUCCCAGGAUUUCUCCAUCGGCGACUGGAUUGCUCGUGAACGCCAUCGCACUAGCAAUCCCGAAGUGAGCCUGGACCUGGCCGAGCAGUUGGGUGCACCUUACGGGGGCGGCGGUCCUCACGGGUUCAGAGCUUCGUCCUCCUCAGAACUCAUGCGUCGCACUUCCGAGGCUUCUAACGGUGACACGCUGCAGCAGGCCAAGAGUCUGAGUUUGUCGGCCACGGCGCAUCCGCACAAACUGACGAGUUCCCAGGUGGUACACUCGCGCUUCUAUCAGUACCUGUGA